AGGACUUUCCUUAUAUAGCAUCUCAGCUCCGCGUCCCAGUACGGCCAAGAUCGACGGCCGCGAAACCGCCGUUAAAGCUUCGCCGCCGCACCUAGGCGCAGUGUGCGAGCUGGAUAGGAAUGGGGAGGGGGAAGAUAGUGAUAAGGAGGAUCGACAACACGACGAGCAGGCAAGUGACGUUCUCGAAGCGGAGGAAUGGAUUGUUGAAGAAGGCCAAGGAGCUCUCGAUCUUGUGCGACGCCGAGGUCGGGGUCGUCAUCUUCUCCAGCACCGGCAAGCUCUACGACUUCGCCAGCUCCAGCAUGAACAAGGUAAUUGAGAGGUAUGGCAAAUUAAAAGAAGAGAUUGAUCAACCUGGGAACCCGAUGGCUGAACUUAAGUAUUGGCAAAGGGAAGCAGCAAUAUUAAGGCAACAAUUGCAGCAACUCCGAGAAAAUCAUCGGCAAUUGAUGGGAGAAGAACUCUCAGGCUUGAGCAUCAAAGAUUUGCGGAAUUUGGAGAACCAAAUGGAAAUAAGUCUCCGUGGUGUCCGCACAAAAAAGGACCAAGUUUUAACAGAAGAAAUACAAGAGCUGAACAGAAAGGGAAGCCUUCUUCACCAGGAAAAUUUGGAAUUGCAUAAGAAAGAAAAUCUAUUUAAACAAGAGAAUGUGGAAUUGUUCAAGAAGGUCUAUGAAACAAGAGAUGCAAAUAACAUAAACGGAGCACAAACGAGUCUUCUACCAAAUGGACCGAACAUUGAUGAAGAUGCUCAAGUACCUGUCCAUCUCCAACUAAGCCAGCCACGUCAUCAGAACUGUGAGACGUCAUCUAGAACUACAAAUUUAGGAUUGCAGCUGCGUUAGCAAACCAGGUGCAACAACUGCAGAAGGACAUUAUUAUGUCUUCAUCGAGGGACCAUGCAAACAAAGUAAUGUUUCUUUGACUGAGAUAUUGUAUAAGAGCCAAAACUUAUUCAGCCAGACAUGUUCAUAAUGGUCGACUAGAUUACCUUUGAGCAUUAAUCUUAUAAUGAUACAAGCCCAUGAGAAUCUCAU